AUGGCUACUACCAAAGCUGUUGUCGUCGUGGAAUUGAAGGUCCCCGCGGUCCGCGAUGUGCUUAUGCCCAAGGUCCGUGAGGGCUGGGUGCUCGUCAAGGUCAAAGCGGUUGGUAUCAAUCCCACCGACUGGAAGCACGUCCGCUUCGGAGCUGCGGAUAUCGGAUGCAGAGUGGGCUGCGACUACGCCGGCAUCGUCGAGGAGGUUGGACCUAAUGUUACCAACUUUGUCAAGGGCGAUCGUAUCACCGGCUGGAUUCACGGGUCAAACCGAGCCAACCAUGAAUCGGGGGCCUUUGCCGAGUAUGCCAUUGCAAAGGCUUGCGUCCAAAGGAAGAUUCCCGACAAUCUGAGCUUCGAAGAAGCGGCAAGCCUUGGAGUUGCCAUCAUGACUGUUGGACUCGGCAUGUACAAGGGCCUCAAGCUACCAUUGCCAACAGAGCACACCAAAGAGCCCACCCCUAUCCUCAUCUACGGCGGCAGCACAGCAACCGGAAUGGCCGGCAUCCAAUUUGGCAAGCUCUCCGGCCUAACCGUCAUAACAACCUGCUCUCCCCGCAACUUCGACCUGGUGAAAAGCCUAGGCGCCGACGCCGUCUUCGACUACAAGUCCCCCACCUGUGCCGCAGAUAUCAAAGCGCUGACUCAAAACCGCCUGAGAUACGCAUGGGACUGCACAGGCGAGGGCGCAGAAAUCUGUGCACAGGCCAUGUCGGACAGCGAGCCAGGUACCUACGGCACCAUCAUGCCCUCCGACUUGGAGCUGCUGAAGGCUACCAACCCCCAGGUCCAUGGCCAGGACUUUGUCCGCGGGUACGAUACCAUGGGCGAGGAUUACUACUGGCUUGGCCAGACGGCUGUGACGCCUGACCCGGAGGAUAUGCGGCACUAUCAGUCAUUUUUGACUUUGACUCAGCCUCUUUUGGAGAAUGGGAGCAUCAGACCCCCUCCCUUUGAUUUGAACAGGGGAGGUAGUGGAUUGGAGGGGGUGCUGGAGGGUUUGAAGGAAAUGGAAGCGGGCAAAGUCAGUGGCGAGAAGCUGGUUUACAGCAUUUGA